UCCUCCGGGGGUGGGGCUUCCGGCGGCGGUGGGUCCGAGGGGCGGGGCCUGCGGACGAUGCCGGGCCUGGGCGCCGGGACCUAGGGAGUCUGCGCAUAGUCGCCGCCAGGCCCUGAGGAGCGGACGCUAUGGCCGGUCCCGCAUGGAUUUCGAAGGUAUCUCGGCUGCUGGGGGCCUUCCGCAACCCAAAACAGGUGACCCGAGGUUUUGCUGGUGGUGUACAGACAGUGACCUUAAUCCCCGGAGAUGGUAUUGGACCAGAGAUCUCAGCUUCUGUUAUGAAGAUUUUUGAUGCUGCCAAAGCACCCAUUCAGUGGGAGGAGAGGGUUGUCACUGCCAUUAAGGGACCUGGUGGAAAGUGGAUGAUUCCUCCCGAAGCCAAAGAAUCCAUGGACAAAAACAAGAUGGGACUGAAAGGCCCCUUAAAGACACCAAUAGCGGCUGGACAUCCUUCCAUGAAUCUGCUGCUUCGUAAAACUUUUGACCUUUAUGCAAAUGUGCGUCCGUGUGUCUCCAUUGAAGGUUACAAAACCCCUUACACGGAUGUCAAUAUUGUCACGAUUCGAGAGAAUACUGAAGGUGAAUACAGCGGCAUUGAGCAUGUGAUCGUCGAUGGUGUCGUACAGAGUAUCAAACUCAUCACAGAAGAAGCGAGCAAGCGCAUCGCCGAAUUUGCCUUUGAGUAUGCCAGAAACAAUCACCGGAGCAACGUGACGGCUGUGCACAAAGCAAACAUCAUGCGAAUGUCAGAUGGGCUUUUUCUUCAAAAGUGCAGGGAAGUUGCAGAAAACUGUAAAGAUAUUAAAUUUAAUGAGAUGUACCUUGAUACAGUAUGUUUGAAUAUGGUUCAAGAUCCAUCCCAGUUUGAUGUUCUUGUGAUGCCAAACUUGUAUGGGGACAUCCUUAGUGAUUUAUGUGCUGGCCUGAUAGGGGGUCUUGGUGUCACACCGAGUGGAAACAUUGGCGCUAAUGGGAUUGCAAUCUUUGAAUCGGUUCACGGAACAGCCCCAGACAUUGCUGGGAAGGACAUGGCCAAUCCCACUGCCCUGCUUCUGAGUGCCGUGAUGAUGCUCCGGCACAUGGGGAUGCAUGACCACGCGGCCAAGAUUGAGACCGCCUGCUUUGCAACAAUUAAAGAUGGAAAGAGCUUGACAAAAGAUUUGGGAGGAAAUGCCAAGUGCUCAGACUUCACGGAUGAGAUCUGCCGCCGAGUAAAAGACCUAGAUUAAAAGAAGGCUUCUCCCAUAGGCACUUUGCAGCAGUCGCUCCUAAUGGACACAGUAGAAAAACCUAUUGUAGACUAUCUACCGUCCAUAUAUGUUGGGGUUGCAUAUUUCUGGACAGAGCAAACAUUUUAAAUUGAGCCUUUUCUUAAUACAUUCUGUGCCCAGGGACGCAAGUGACCCUCUGGUGCCUGCUUCCAGUGGACGUUUUUCGAAUGCAUUGUUUUAUUUAUUAAAUGUCUCUCUCUGGUGAAAAUGUUUUAUAUAUUGUAAGGAUGGAUUCCUGUCCUGUCAUUUUCCAUUGUUAACCAUUUUACACUUCAGUUAGAACAGUUUUUUUCUUCAGCCGAAAGACUUGCUGUAAAUAUGGAGAUAUUGAAUUAACAGGAGAAACAGCUAACUUUUUAAAGAAAACCCCUAUUUUCCUUGGAGUAUGUAAAGUAUAAUGGAACUAAAACAGGAUAUUAACAUAGCACAAGAUGACAUUCUUAUAAAAAUAAACGGGUAUAAGAGAAAAUUCCUGGGAGAGUCACAUCAAAGAGGGUACAGUUGAUACAUUUUAAAGUUGGAUAGUGGGCUAAGAAAUAGAGAUUUGCUCUCCAAAAGAUUUAUUGUAUGCAUGAAUAAAGAUUACAAACCCGAGAUAGAUUUAAUCAGAGAUGUAUUUUUUUGUCUAUAAAAAUUAGAUAAUCAAUUGAGGAGGGAUCGCAUUCUAAUCCCAACACGUUAUGUGUGGAGUUAUUUUUGUUAAGACAGUUGAAUAUUUCUUUGCUUAUGGGAGUGCUUUCAGUGACAAAAAGGGAUGACAAUUGCCUGAAUCAAGUGUUUCUUGUACAUUUUGAGUGAGUAAAGCUUUCUGCAAAGUCAUACCAAAUGCCCUGAACUUUUGCUGUAUUGAACGUGUUGUGUGUUCCGUGUCUGUGACUGUCCCAGCUGGAGGAGCUCAUGCCCUGGUGUCACCCAAGAGGCAAUGGUCAGCUUUCAGGCUGCAUGUAGAAGCCCAAGAUGAAGAAGCCUCACUCCUCUGCAUAUUUGAGCGCCUGCUCAUCCUUCUACAGGGAACACCAGGUCGUUUCAGUCUCUGAACACAUAACACAAAGAACCUUGCUGCCCUGGAGUGGCCACAGGCAGGGUUGUCACACACUGGCAAAGCCUUCCCUCCUGUCCCUGAUACUAUUAAAGGUGGUCAUUGAGCUUCCCAAGGUCUGAGGGCUUAGAUUGAUUGGGGGGGGUGGGGAGAGUGAUUUUCAAUCGUCCGACCUUAAGUCCCCUUGUUAGAUGAAUCCUCCUUGCUUCAUUUUGCUCUGGUCUUGUGGGUUAGUGUAGAUUGGAGCCUGUAGUUGGCCGGUUUCUCUCACAGCUCCGUGACCUGUGGGAGUAAGAUGGCCGCUAUUUCCUAUCAUGCCCCCAGUCAAAGGAAUUGUGUCAAAGUCUCUCCUCAGCCCCACUGUGAAGGGAAGGGGCUCCCUUAGACUUACGACCAGGGCUUCCACUUGCUCAAGAUGUACUUCCUUUUAUUUAUCCUGCUGCUUCUGCGUUUUUGUUGGAUUGUGCUAGCUAUGACAGUACCCAUUGGGUUCAAACAGUGAAGUAAUAAAGUUUUUUAAACUUA